UUAACGAUUGGAUUAAUUUUGUGCAUUUUUCAUCGACGGAAAGGCGAUAAAAUUUUUUGUGUUACUGCUCACAAUCGAGUCUGUGAGAUCUCCAUCGACUUUCGUGAAGGUAAAUUCGAGCGGAAACGACGUUCACGAUGUCCCGAGGUAUCAACAGCAUACUCAUCAUCAAUUUUGGGCGACUCGUGGGAGUCAAUAUUGCUUUUUGCGGGAACUGCUUUUGGAGAAUUGAUCAUUUGGAAGCCGAAAUGUGACACGGAAAUCGGUGAAAUCCUUCUACGAGUGCCUCAAAGUCAUAACGGAGUGAUUUUUGACAUUCAAAUGUGUUUGGAAGCGAAGCUACUGACAACUUGUUCGGAUGAUCGUUCGGUUCAGCUGUGGAAAUUUGAAGUAAAUUCUGAUGGAAAACCCAUUUUGGAGAAGAUCAAACGUUGUUUUGCCCAUAUUUCGCGUGUUUUUCGCAGUAAAAUCAUCAAACACGAAGAAAAUUUUUAUAUUUUAUCGAUUGGCGAGGAUUCUCACGUUUGUUUGUGGGACAACGAAGGCACACUGAUGUUCAAAAAGUUCCUUGACGACUGCGGAACGAUUUGGGGACUUGAUUAUUGUGCAAAAACGAUGACUUCGUUGGUUGUUACGAACAAUGGAAGACUCGUAAAAGUCCCUUUGAAGCUUGCUUUGACAAAAAAUGCCUCAAAAACUGAAAUAAUCGGAGAAAAUGUGGCUAAAUUGACGUAUAUGAGUCCUGCGGGUUUGCUAAUUUGCUUAAAAAUCGAUAACGAAGUUGCUGUUUAUGACGUAAAUGAUGUCAAUUCACCAAAAAUGAACUUUAAACUUGAAGCUUCGAGUAAAUUUUGUCUUAUGGAGACAUUCAAGCACUUUUUGUAUCUCGUAACGACAGAUUCGAAAGUCAUUGUGUACGAAUAUUCGACAGAAAAGCAGGAUUUUUCUGUGAAAAAUGAAAAAAUCAUCAAUUGGGAUGACGAAAAUGGACAAACUCGUUCUAUGAUACGAUCUUUCUUCCCAUUGGAUGACUUUCAAAUCGUGAUUUGUUCAAAUAAUGGCGUUGUACGGAUCUUAGAAGCUCAAAAUUUUAACAAAAUCCAUGAAUUUCACAUUCCAAAAUGCUCUGAGCCAUGGAUUACAUCAGCAAUUAAUACCAAAGACUCCAAAUUUUUGAUCGCUGAUCGUUGCGGACACUUGCAUCUCUUCAAAAACGGAAAUCCUGACCCAAUUUUCACUCGAAAGAGACUUCAUGGCACGAUGGGCAUCACUCAAAUCGUAAAAAUUGAUGAUUUUACGUUCAAAACAACGGGACAUGAUAGCACAGUGAAGACAAUUUCCCUCGUUAAUGACGAAUUAAAGCAAAUUUUCACCGAAAAACUCGCAAUUAACUUCAUUGAACGUCGUUUUGGGGAAUUUACCUUCGGUUUUAGCAGUUCUUACUUCAUUUGCCAUCAUCAACAAGACGGAAUUUUAAUUGAGGAGAACUGCGGAGGCGGAAAUCGUCAAUAUGAUUUGUUUUUGGAUGAAUUGGAGCGAUGCGGAAAAUUUUCUUUGGCUGUAAUUCAACAACGAAAAGUAAAGCAAGUGACUUUUCGAGUUGAUUUGAGUCACCAAAGUCCUUUAACGUUCCCGGAUUUGCGUUGGCAUCAUCUAAGUUGCAAUUAUUUAUCGCUCGUGAACACCAAAAACGGAGUUUUAUUGAUUUCGGGAGGCGAAGAGACUCUUAUGAAAUUUUAUUUGAUGCGAAAUGAUGGAAAUUUGGAACAUUUGAAGACUUCGACGCAACACAACUCUGCCAUAAAGUCAAUAAUUUCGACAAAAACCUCGAAAAAUGACGAUUUAAUUGUAAUUUCGGUUGGAAGUCGUUCAAAAAUCUGCUUUACCAAAAUUCGUUCUGCCUUGAAAGAGCUUUCGAUUGAGGAAGAUACGCAAUUUAUGUUGUACGAAGACAAAUUAACGCCCGAAAAGGACCAAACGAUAUCCUUUGAUCCCGAAUCAAGCUUUACCUCAACCACUUUAGUCAAUGAAACAUUAAUUUGUGCAUGUUCUGACGGGCAUUUGCGACUUUUUGCUCUUCAACUUGACGCGAAUCCGAUAAAAAUCAGUUUGGAUCGUGAAAUUUUCUAUGGAAAGUCAAUUCUUCACGUGCAAAAAGUCAUUUGGCACGGAUUUACGAUGAUUUUGAGCAUGGCAACUGAUGGCGUGAUAAAUUUUUGGCAAUUUCCGACGAUGUCGAAGGUACACGAGCUCAAACAUCACGGAAAUGGGAUUCAUGCGUACGAUAUUUGUGAACAAGGGAAUGAAAUUUUGAUCGCAACAGGAGGCGACGAUCAAUCCAUCGUGAUUUCAAGAGUUCUCAUGAGAAAAAAUGAAGGAAAUUUGAAAUUAGAGACGGAUAAAACUUUUAAAAUUCCGGAUUUGCAUACGGCCCAAGUAACGGGAGUCAGAUUUUUAAGCGAUCAAGUACUUAUGACGUUGGGAGUUGAUCAAAUGAUUUACAAAUUGACGUUUGAUGAUGACUUGAGUGAGAAGAAAAUUGAGAAAAGUUAUUGGACAAGCGUUGAAGAUGGAAAAGGAUUAUUGUACUUUAAGGAUAAAGUAAUUGUGUACGGAAAUGGCAUUGAAAUUUUUUAGAAAAAAAUUAAAUUUUAAUAUUUGACCUUCAAAAAUUGCAAUAAAAAAUUAGCUUUUACAUGGCUUUU